AAAGAAGUGUUAACUUGGAAAUAUGGAACCUAUAACAAAAUUAAUCAAAUCACAGGUUGGAUAUGUAUUUGAAAUCUAUGGCGAGGAGGCAAAGCCGCAGAGACAAGUCCUGUGUAGUCUUCAACCUUAAAAAAACCUUUGUCUAUAAGUAGAAAAUGGAAACACGAUCAUUAACAUCCUUGAAUUUCGCUGUCUUCUCCAUUCUCAACCCCAAUUCUUCUCCUCAAAUUAUCACUCUUUACUCCUACAUACAUAUGCACUUUGCCUACCCUUUCAGCUCGGGCGGCGAGUGGAGAUUCUUCCUCCUCUUUGUUUCAUUCUUCUUUUUUUUUUUUUCCCCAAUUCUUCCACGGGCCCCACCGCCACCGCUACCGCCGCUGCCCCAAAAAAAGAACGUUCCUACAAUAAAGUAACAUUGUUGUAGGAACACGAUAAUUAACCAUCAUGACUUACAAUGCACACCCUUUUCACCUUUUGGAGAUCAAUGUCAUAUCUGCUCAGGAUUUGGCUCCUGUCUCCAAAUCCAUGCGUACCUAUGCAGUUGCGUGGGUUCAUCCUGAAAGAAAAUUGACCACCAGGAUCGAUCAGAACGGCCAUAUCAACCCUCAAUGGAAUGAGAAAUUUGUGUUCCGGGUCGAUGAAACGUUCUUGAAUGCUGAAACCUCUGCUAUUAUGAUUGAAAUCUAUGCUGCUGCUUGGCUCCGUGACGUUCAGAUUGGAUCUGUUAGAGUUCUGAUUAGCAAUUUGUUUCCUUCCAAUAAUAAUAACUCGAAAAUGCGAUUCGUCGCGCUUCAGAUUCGCCGCCCGUCAGGGCGACCUCAGGGAAUCCUGAACAUGGGUGUGCAGCUCCUGGACAAUACAAUGCGAAGUAUGCCUUUGUAUACUGAGCUCAGCGCUUCAGCUGUUGGGUUCAGCGAACUCAUAGACGCCAAGACCAAUAAGCAAAGCAUUGAAGAGAAGACAUCGAAAUUGCGCAGAACCCAGAGUGAUCAUACUGAUUUCACCAUCACCACCGAUGAAUUUGGCGUGAAAGAAAGUCUCAAAGCCAAGUCAUCGGUGGUUAAUGGUGGUUCAUUGGUGAACUUUUCCACAUUAAAGAACAGCCGCAAAGAUAAAGAUGCUGGGACCGGCGGAAACGGAAGCAUGGUGAACGGAUCACUUUGCUCCGACGUGGGCCCUUCCGCCUCGGUAGUGGCAGCAGCAAUUGCAAAAGGAUUAAUCAAAACACCAGGAAAUACAGGUGGUCAGAAUAAAACCAGAGGAGGCAGCUCCAUUAUCGAAGAUUGGACAGACAACGAUAGUGUUGAAGGCCUAAGAACAAAGCUGGAAAGGUGGAGAACAGAGCUUCCACCAAUUUACGACAACGACACAAAGAAAAUGAUGUCGAAAAGCAGACGGAAGCAUCAUCACAGGAGAAGAUCAGAUAAUCCAGGUUUAUUCACAUGUUUUGGCAAUCUGUUCGGACUGGAGAUUUCAAUCACUUGUGGAGGCAGCAACAAGAAGAAAUAUGGAAAGGGGAAGGUUUGUCACUUAAGCUCUGUGGACAGUGAAUCAUAUUUGUGAGAAAGGAAGAAAUUGAAGAUGACAACACAAGUUGAAACAAAUGGCAAAUGAUGAAGAUGACAUGGGUAUCCAUUGCAAGGAUGUUUCUUGGA